UUGGUUUAGAUUAAAGUUGUCUUGUAACUGAUUUAGUUGUUUUAAUUUUGUUUACAAAAAGAAGACUAUUUGAAAAUGCCAGAGGUGAAGACUAACGGUGUUAAUAAAUCUACCACCAAAAUAAGGACUGACAGUUUUUCUCAAGAAGACGAGUUCAAGAUCACAUAUGACCACUUAUUGGAAACAUCUAAAUUUCUCACGGACAGAGUCAAAUUCCGCCCAAAAAUUGGUAUUAUUUGCGGUUCCGGCAUGGGUGGGUAUUGGAAAGAAGGGUCGUUAGCCGAAGGACUGGAGGACAAAAUAGAAUUUCCUUAUGAAGACAUUCCGUAUUUCCCCCGGAGCACCGUAGAGGGGCACGUGGGAAAACUUGUUUUCGGACAUUUGUCAGGCAUUCCCGUCGUCUGUAUGCAGGGUCGUUUCCACUACUACGAAGGUUACCCGUUGUGGAAAUGUGCGAUGCCUGUGCGCGUCAUGAAGCUCAUCGGCGUCGAAUAUCUUAUCGCGACUAAUGCGGCCGGUGGACUUAAUCCCAGUUACAAAAUCGGCGAUAUUAUGAUGGUCAAGGAUCACAUAAACCUUAUGGGAUUCGCCGGCAACAACCCGCUCCAAGGUCCAAACGAGGAGCGGUUCGGCCCUCGUUUUCCGCCGAUGAAUCAGGCUUACCAGAGAGAGUUGCGAGUGGAUGGCAAGGAAAUCGCUAAACAAUUGGGGAUUGGAGAUAUCGUCCACGAGGGAGUUUACACAUGUCUGGGUGGCCCCAACUUUGAAACCGUCGCAGAACUUAGAAUGUUGAAAAUGCUGGGCGUUGAUGCUGUUGGUAUGUCCACCGUCCACGAAGUCAUCACUGCCAGACACUGCAACAUGACAGUAUUCGCUUUCAGUUUGAUCACAAACGUUUGUGUGACUGACUAUGAGACUUACACUCUUCCCAAUCACGAGGAAGUUAUAGACGUAGGAAAAAUGAGAGAGAGCACUUUGAAAGACUUUGUCAAGGGCGUGGUAGCCAAUAUUGCGUCCAAAGAUAAGAAAUAAGCAGUUCAAGGGUUUCCAUUGGGUGUGUUUAUUUAUUUUUUUUGUAUGUCUUACUGUAUUAUGUAUUAUACGUAACCAAUAAAUUAUAGUUUUUAAAAAAA